AUGGCGGUGGACCUGAGCGAUGCGGUCAUCGACCUCGAGUCCGCCCGGUCCGCCGCGCGCGACGCGAUCCUCUCCGCGCUGGACGCGCGACCGGGGCGAAAGGCGCUCGUCAUGGACCCGUCGUUCGCGCCCACGCUCACCUCGCUGUGCACCAUGUCCGAGCUCACCGAGCACGGGGUGGACGGCCUGUACCAGCUCGAGGGCGGCAGCGUGGAGACGGAGUGCGACGAGAUCGUGUUCAUGGUCAAACCCCGGGUCGCGCUCAUGGCCGCGCUCAACGAGACGGUGCGAGGCGUCAUCCUCGACAACGAGUUGGACCGGGCGGAGCACCGCGAGCAACACGGCGACGACCCGGCGCUGUGGGACCCGCGGAGCGAGACGUACAAUCCGGACGUGCCCCCGCCCCCGCGGGUCCCCAACAUGACGGUGUGCUUCGCCCCGGCAUCCACCGACGCGUGCGAGGGCGAGCUUCGACGCCUCGGAGUCCACGAUCUCCUCAUCCGCCGCGAAUGCGCCGUCGACCUCGUGCCGCUCGAGCCCGACGUCUUCGUCGCGGACUGCGACGAGGCGUGGAGGGACCUGACACUCGAGGGCGACGUGAGCUGCGUCAAGCAGUGCGCGAGGGCGCUGCACGCGCUGCAGCGCAGGUGCGGAUGGGCGACGGUGGUCAAAGGGAAGGGUACCGCGGCGAAGGAGAUCGCCGAGGCGAUGGAGCGGAUGCGCCGCGAAGCCUUCGCGAGCGACCCGGCGCUCAACCCGUCGCUAUUCCCGGGAAACGGGCACGCGUCGGAUUAUGAUUCGUCCUCCGAGAGCGACGAGAACGACGACCCGAACGACGACCCGAACGACGACGACGACAAAGGACGCGAGAGGGACAGGCGGGGCCGGAGGUUUCGGCCCGCGCACCCCGGCGUCGAGGACCCGGCCCCGCCCCCCGCGCCCGCCAUCGACGUACUCCUCAUCAUCGACCGCGACGUCGACCCGGUCACGCCGCUGUGCACGCAGCUGACGUACGAGGGGUUCGUGGACGAAGCCGUGGGGAUUGUAAACGGCGCGGUUGAGGUUACGGGCGACGACGGGUCGUCGACGCGGGUCCGGCUCAACUCGAACGACGCGUUGUUUCGCGAGCUUCGGGACCUGAACUUCGGGCGGGCGUGCGACGCGUUGAAGGAGAAGACGUCGUCGAUGCAGCGCGAGUACGAGACGAUCAAGGGCGGGAAGGUUCAGGAUCAGACGGUUGGCGAGAUCGGCGGGUUCGUGAAGAAGCUCGGCGAGAAGCAGGGGCUGGAGCUGCACAGCAACCUCGCCAAGCGUUGCCUCGAGACGACGAGGGGGGGCGCGGGCGCCUCCGCGGACGACAACUCGGCCUUCAUGCGCGGCCUGGAGGUGGAGCGCAUGUGCGUCGAGGGUAGGGACCUCGACAAGAUUCUGGAACACCUCCGGAAUCUUGUCCACACCUCCGGCGACGACCCGCGGCGAGCCGCGCGGCUCCUCGCGCUCGCGUCCCUGACCCACGGCGGGAUCCCCGCCGCCAAGCUCGAACCCGUGCGGCUCGACAUGCUCCGCGCGUACGGCUCGCGCAUUCUCACGGUGUUCGGCGCCAUGGAACAGUGCGGUUGGCUCGCGACGAGGGAGGACAAAUCCGCGCACGCCAGGGCGUUUCCCGCUAUUCGCAAGCCCCUCGCGCUGGUGGUGGACGACGUCGACGACCACGACCCGAGCGACGUGGCGUACGCGUUCUCGCACAGCGGCUACGCGCCCGCGUCAUGCAGGCUGAUCCACCACGCCCUCGCGGGGUCCUUUCGCCUCAUCGACGACGUCCUUCGCGCGCUCCCCGGGCCCCAUUUCGAGUACACGCAGGGCUUCGACCCAAACGAUGGAUCGCCAGCCGUGACAGCCGUCGACGCGAGGGUGUUCCAGCGGCGAAGGGAGCGCGCGGUGGGAACGGCGGGCGGGUUAGGGUUAGACCAACACAACCCUAACCCUAAACCUCCUCGGCGGGGUCCAGGGAGGCGGCCCACGUGCGUCGUGUUCUUCGUCGGCGGCGUGACGCGAGCGGAGAUUUCGUGCCUUCGAUUCAUGUCGUCGGAUAAGAUGCGAAUGGGCGUGGACUUUGUCGUCGGCGCGACGAGCGUGUGCGGCGGGUUCGACCUCGUGGAGCAGGUGAUGGGCCCCGAUGUCGCGGCGUACUUUCCGUCGCUCGAUCGGGGCGGGUCGACGCGGGUGGGUGGUGGGGCGGCGGCGAGUGGGCGCGGGGCGGCGACGAAGGGGGACGCGGCUGGCGAUGAGUCCGGCGACAACGUCGAGGACGCGCCGGCUUCUAGCGCGUUCGACGCCUUCGUCGCGUCCUUUCCCAAGUGGAUGUGA